AUGCCGAAACUAGUGGGGAAAUCAACACGAGUCGUCGAACACGAUGGUCUCACCAUUGACGAGCUAGCUGGGAAUGUGGCGAGCAAGGAAGACACUCUCUCCGUGGCUAGAGUUUUUGUCGCUAAUCCCACGAGCGAACCUUGGUUGACCUUAGACUAUGAUGAGUGGCUGUGUGUUUUGAAAGGAAAGGUAGAGCUACAUUCGGAAACAAAUGGCCAAACAUCAGUCUUAACUGUACUAGCAGGCGAAACAGUCUUCGUUUCGAAAGGGGAGCGCUUCCGUCCCGUCUUUCCCGUUGGGGAUACGGAAUACAUUCCUGUGUGCAUUCCAGCCUUUAAACCAGAACGAUGCAUCCGUGAGGAAGACGGCUGUUCGGAUGUGGCCGCCAAUCUGAGAAUGUUGCAUGGAACUGUCUCUAGCGAAUCUUCAGCUCCCGCCGACAUGUCCACCGACCACGUUGACCAGCUCUACCACAUGUGUCAAAAGUCUCUGUGGGAUGAAGCUUUUGCGAGUGGGAAAGCCUACUUCCCUCCUACUUUUGAAGCGGAUGGGUAUUUUACCCACGCCACGUCGGUUCCUUCUCGCUUGAUCCAAACAGCGAAUCAUUUUUAUACAGCCACCAUUGGCGACUGGAUUUGCCUAGAGUUGAGUAAUGAGGCACUUAAGAAUGUAGGCAUUACGACGCGGUACGAAGAACCCAAGCCGGUGGGAGAGCUUGAUACCGGUAAGGAUUGGACGGACUGGCGGUGUCCACACAUUUUUGGAGGAAUUCCUACGCAGUUGUCGGGCUUUGUAUGCAAAACGUAUCCUAUGAAACGAAAUGAACAGGGAAAGUUUUUGUCUAUUGAUGGUUUGGUAGACGAAGAGUAACUGUAAGCCGCCUUGUGUCAUCCCU